AUGUACCAACCUCAGCUGUAUGCACCAAACCAAUACAUGCCGUGCGAAGAAGAGGAUGAAGAUGCGUUUGUGAAGGACAUAGAACCAGUACAGGGUAGCCAGUAUCUCACAACAUGGAAGAAGGAGAGGAAUCGUGGAAACCUUAGAAUGACAACUUCUGGGGGAAUACCUCCUGGCAGAGUACCCACAAGACAAGAUUUCACAAACUAUGCAAGAUCAUCGAAGGAGGUAGAAAGGCAGAAGAACCCCACCAUGGGAUUAAUAGAUAGUAAUAUAUCAGCAUCGAGUUUGAUCAAAACGAUUGACACAUUCGACAGACCAGCUGAUGCGUAUGCUGAAGACACAUACGCUCGAGCUGGAACGUACGCCACGGGAUUCAUAGAUAAACCCGGGGAAAGGAUCCCAAAGGCCGGAGUUUAUGCUGAGGCCGGAGUUGGCAGAGCGGGGGCAGAGUUUAGUAUUUUUGAGGCUAAAGCUAAAGGGCCAAAUGCCUCUGCUGGAGCUGAAGCCAGUGUAGUGGGGGCUGGCGCCAUGGCCAGAGCAGAAGUUGGAAGUGUCUCUGUUGGUGCCGGCCCAUUUACAGCUAAGCUUGGCCUAGGUGUGGACACUGGAGCGGCGGUUGGAAUUGAUGGAAUUGAGGUAAAAUUCUUAGGUACCCGGGUUCAAAGUAGGGCCAAAAUCUGGCAUUUCUAUAUUGGGCAGUGAGGUGGGGUUUCCUCUCCUUCCAUAA